AUGCUGCGCUGUGCACGCACGAACCGCGCACUAUUCCGCGCGCGCACAGACGUGACCACACCGGUCGUGGCCACAGGCACGCGCGUGCAACAUCCGCUGCGGAUGGUCAUGGUCGGGUGUCCGGGCUCGGGAAAAGGCACACUCUCUGCGCGCCUCGAGCAUGUAUUUGGGAUCCACAUCAUCACCGCCGGCGACCUGUUGCGGUGGCAUAUCAAGGAGGAAACAGAGCUGGGCAAAGAGGCAGAUCGUGUGAUCAAGGCCGGGUCGCUCAUGCCUGACACAACCAUGAUGGCGCUUGUCCAGCAGAAACUAGAGCAGAUGGGCGAGCAAGACUUUAUCCUAGACGGCUUUCCGCGCACCGACGGGCAGGCGAAGCUGCUGACAGAUGCACUUGCCAUCGCAGACCGGCCUCUCUCGCUAGUCGUCAAUCUGCAGGUGCCGGAAGACGCGAUUCUGGAGCGCAUUCUUGACCGCUGGACGCACUCGCCGUCUGGCCGUGUAUAUAAUUUCUCGUUCAAUCCCCCUUUGCGUAAAGGUUUCGACGACGUGACGGGCGAGCCGCUGGAGAGGCGCGCAGAUGAUAACCCCGAGACAUUCCGCAAGCGUAUCGCGGGCUUCCACCAAAAGACAGCGCCCAUGAUUGAGCAUUUCCGCAGCCUGCCGUGCCCUUCCGACCCCACCCGCCCGCUGCUUGUCGAUCUCGCAGGCGAGACAAGCAACUACAUCUGGCCCAAACUCGAGGCGCUCGUCCUGGAGCGAUUCCCGCACAUGGCGCAGGGCAUGAAAACGGGGCUGAGGUCGUGGACAUAG